AUGGAUGGGAGCCGGGCCGGAAGUGAGAAGGAUGGGACGCGCGCGGAUGGGCGAAGGGACUGGACAGUCCCAGAGUGUUCACAUCUAGAAUUGGUCCCCAGGGAAGCUGGCCAGGAUUGGAGAGUAGCGCGUUUUGGAAUGAUGGGCAAGCGGUGUCAAGGCAGUAGCGCGUCUCUGGCGAAAGAGUCGCACCACCGCCUUCCCAUCACAUCCUCUGCACCGAUGCCCUCCGUCCUCAUCGGCGGUCCCUCCGCCGGCGGAGGACUAGGCGGUGGUCCUGCUGGCGGAGGCGGCGGAGUAGGAGGAAAUGGACAAGGAGGACCCGGAGGAGGUGGUGCAGGCGGGAAUGGCCGUCUCCUGGAGUUGUUGGAUGCUGUCAAGGCCGAGUUUGAGGUGGCGGGCCAGGAGGGGGGACAGUGGAGAGCCCAGAGGGAUGAAUAUGAGGGGAAACUCCAAGCACAAAUCGGGGAACUCGGCUUGAUCCGACAAGCGCUGUACGAGCUGGAGACUCAGCACAACAAGGUCCGGCAAGACUACGAAGCCGAGAUCGCCCGGCUCCGGACGGAAAUAACAGCCCUCAAACUCGCCGCUGAUCCCGAUGGGACGGGCGCGGGCGGUGGCGCUGGCGGCGCAGGGGGAAGCGCCAAAGGCCCCGCAUUGGACUUACCGCCCAAACCGCCCGCGCCAGACUUGCCGAGACCGGAGGGGGUUAAAGAAGGGAUGUUGACGGGGCUGCCGGGGCCGCCGUUGAAUGGGCAGGCGGGUGGAGUGGGGGGGCUGGGGUUGGAGAAUACGUCUGCGCCUCGCUCACCCUACCCACCGGCCCAGACCGCGCCUUAUCGCCCACCGUCCGUCCCCGCCGGACACAGGUCUGCACAGACCGAUCACCGUCCUUCUCAGCCACCCUCUGCCGCUCCGCCCGCGCCCGCGCCCGCGCCCACGCAGUCGCAAGCGCUCACGUCAACAACAGCCGCCGCUGCUACGCCGUCAGGACCCCUCUCCCCGCCUGUGUUGCUCUCUGACCUGGACCCGGAAAAUGUCUCCAGGGAGUUGAAGAAGGAGGGGUCGGAUUGGUUUGCGGUUUGGAGCAGCCAGAGUAAGAAGAUUUUGGAUGUGGGGUUGGUGCAUACUUUGAACCAUGAGACAGUCGUGUGCUGUGUCAAGUUCAGCAAUGAUGGGAAAUUCCUGGCGACGGGGUGUAAUCGUACCGCGCAGAUAUACGACGUCAAGACGGGUGGGAAGGUGUGUGUCCUGCUCGACGAACAGACAACGCGCUCGGGGGAUCUGUACAUCCGGAGUAUCUGUUUCUCGCCUGAUGGCAAGUAUCUCGCGACCGGGGCGGAGGACCGGCAAAUUCGAAUCUGGGACAUCAAGCAAAAACGCAUCCGACACCUCCUCCAGGGUCACAUGCAAGAAAUCUACUCGCUCGACUUUUCGCGAGACGGCAGGUUCCUCGUUUCGGGCUCGGGGGACAAGUCGGCCCGGAUCUGGGAUAUCGAGAAGGGAGUGUGUGUGUUUGAUUUGAGGAUUGAGGACUUUAUACAUAAUGAGCAUGGGCCGAUCGAUGCCGGGAUCACGAGCGUGGCGUUGUCACCCGAUGGAAAACUCGUCGCUGCUGGAAGCCUGGAUACGAUGGUUCGCGUGUGGAAUGUCUCGACAGGGCAGCAGGUGGAGAGGCUCAAGGGGCACAAGGAUUCAGUGUACAGCGUGGCCUUCUCGCCCGAUGGCAAGUCGCUCGUCUCUGGCUCGCUCGACCGCACGCUCCGAGUCUGGGACCUCACGCAGACCAAGCGCGCAGUCGAGGGUGUUCCUCACGGAAGUAAAGACUCUGAGAAGGGUCUGGGGACAUGUCAGAGUACGCUGAACGGGCACAAGGACUACGUCCUCUCAGUCGCCAUCUCCCCUGAUGGUCAAUGGGUCGUCUCCGGGUCCAAAGACCGCUCGAUCCAGUUCUGGAAUAUCGCCACGGGACAAGCACAGUUUAUGCUCCAGGGCCACAAGAACUCGGUCAUUAGUAUCGACCUGGCGAGGAGCGGGCAGUACCUCGCGAGUGGGAGUGGGGACUGUAUGGCCAGGAUAUGGAAGUAUGAGGCUUUUGCGUAG